AUGUUUGCACGUGCAUUUAGACAGUCAAUAAGACAAACAGCGAGAGUCUCGAGGCUCAACAUUGCCAGGGGAGUUAAAACUCAGGCAUCACAUCAAAAGUCGAAUCAGAUAGGCAUCAUUGCUGCUGCCGUGGGAACUAUUGCUGUUAUUGGCUAUUCUGCUUUUGAAUCCACUGCUGCUACGCACAAAAAGGUUGUCGCAUUGGGGGAGAUAAAAAAGCAGCAGGAAUUAGAGCAGAAAAGAGCAGAUGAGGAGGCAGAAAAAAAGAGAAUUGCCGAAAAAGAGGCAAGAGAGACGAAAGCCAUUGAAAAAGCACGGCUGGCUGAAAAGGCAACAGCAGCAGCAGAAGCAGCAGGUGAGAGUAAAAGUUCCGAGACCACUUCCACUGAAGCUGGUGAAACUAAAACGGUAAAGCCUGCAGGUGGAAAAGAUACCACAAAUGAGGAUGGAGACCAUAAGGAGGCAUACGACCCGGAUACUGGGGAAAUCAACUGGGAUUGCCCAUGUCUCGGAGGUAUGGCCGAUGGUCCUUGUGGAGAAGAGUUCAAGGCUGCAUUUUCGUGCUUUGUGUACUCUAAAGAGGAGCCAAAAGGAAUCGAGUGUAUCGACAAGUUUAAAAACAUGCAGGACUGUUUCAGGAGAUAUCCUGACGUUUAUGCGGAGGAAUUGAGAGAUGAUGAUGAUUACGGCGAGGUUCCGGCCACCGAGGAAUCUGGAAAACCAAAUGAGGUGAAGGGAGACAGUGUUGACGAUUCGGACUCAACAAUUUCGGAUAAGGCAGCUGCAGUUGCUGAUACUAUCAAGGAGACUGUUAAGGAAAAGACUGAAGAGGUGAAAGAGAAGGUGGAUAAUCAGGUAGACGAGACAAAGGAGAAGACGGAGGCCAUGAAGGAGGAGAUUAAAGAUAGUGUGAAGACAGAUGCCGGUGCAAUAAAGGCGGCAGCAGAAGACAAGUUGAAUGAGACCGAUGCCCGUCUCCAAGCUGCCAAGGAUUACUUGAAAGCACAAACCGAGGAGCAGGGUAAGAUCUUGCAGGCCAAGGCGGAGAACGAUAAGAAGUUUGUAGAAGCUGCAAUUGGGGCAAAGGCUGCUCAGACUAAAGAGGAUAUUGAAAAAUCUCGCCAGGCUGUAGUUUCCGAGGCUGCCAGAGUUGCCGAAAGAGUGAAAAGUGACCCUGAGGAGAAAGAUGCAGAUAGCAUUAUCACUGGCGACAUUAUUAGCAACACUACUGGCAAAACUACUGGCAACAAAUCCGGUAACUAA